CCUGAGCUGGCUCUGGGAUAUGUGAUCCAUUGUGCCCGGGCAGGUGCCUGUGGCAAACCUAGGGUUUGAGCAUGAGACCAGCAACCUUUCUGCCAUCUGACCCAGCCCAAAGCACAUCCAUAUCCUUUUCCCAAUUUCUUAAGACAUGCUCACUCUGAUAAGAAAUCAAGCUUGGGAGUAGAUCUAAGAAGGGGUUCUCCUUAGUGUCUUUUGAAAGACUGAUCCCCAACAGUAUUCCAGGCCAACUACUGAGUGAUGCAGGCUUCAUGUGAGAAAAUCCUGCUCCCCUCUGGUUCUUCCCGGCUGUGCCCCUGGGAAAUUAUGGAGCAGUACUGCAAGGUGUCUUGGUCCUGGAAAAUUGGACAUGUGUGUGGCUCAAUAGCCACCCUUUGGUGUCUACCCUUUUCCCACCCAUCAGCCUUGCAAGCUGGUAUCUUCACCUGUGUGAUUAUUUACUGAGCCCUACUCUGCUUCUGCUGAAAGGGUGAUAACCCUAAGUCCUGAGUUCAGGGAACAAUGCUCCUCAGCGUGUGUGUGUGUGUGUGUGUGUGUGUGUGUGUGUGUGUGAGUGAAGAGGACCCUUGGUUGGCAGAGACCAGUGUCCACCAAGAUUAAUAAAUAUUUGUGGAAGCCAGGCAUGGUGGUUCAGCUGAGGCAGGAGGAUCAUCUUGAGUUGGAGGCCAGCCUGGGCAAGAUAAAUCAACCCUGUCUCAAUCAAUGAAUCAAUCAAUAAAAUUUAAAAAUCCUUGUGUAAUGAAUGUAUGACUGUGCCGGCUGCCCGAAUUUGCCCAGUGGUAAGAACUAGAGACACCCCACCCCCCACCCCCACCCCCCAAAAGAACUAGAGACCCCUACAGGAGGCCAGGCUACAGUCGUGUUCUGCCUAUCCGGCUGGCUCCACCCUCCUGUAACCUCCCCACCCCCACCACAUUCUGCCUCUUAUCUGCCUGAGGUCCUGAAUGUGUGAUUCAGGCCUUUCAGCCCUUUGUGGGACUUUGGCCCUUUCGAGGCAGGGCAGUUCAUUACGGAGAGGUCUGACCCCCAGCUCCUCAGCUCCGGUUCUGCCCAAUCCACUCUGGACUACGUGAGUCGCCUGAUUACCCUGAGGGAAGAGACAGAGGCUGUGGGGAAUCCCUGCAUUUUCUGCUCCAGGUCUCAGCCUGCCCUCGGGCUUCCCAUCUCCUUCUCUAAACCUCUUUGUACUAGAGAGACGUGACCCACUAGUGGCUCGGACUACAUCUCCCAGCGUUCCUGGCAGAGUGGUGGCCUGUGUGUGCCUUCUGCAGUUGUUGCAGGCACAAUGCAGCGACCUGCGAGCUUGGCUACCCUUCUGGGCUUUCGCCGGCCAGCACUCCCUGCAUCCCUGAGUCGCUCACUUAGUUGUGCACAGGAUGUACUCCGCAGGACUCCGCUCUACGACUUUCAUCUAGCCCAUGGCGGGAGAAUGGUGGCAUUUGCAGGCUGGAGUCUGCCUGUGCAGUACCGGGACAGCCACGUGGAUUCGCACUUGCACACACGCCGGCACUGUUCGCUCUUUGACGUGUCCCACAUGCUGCAGACCAAGAUCUUUGGUUGUGACCGAGUGAAGCUGAUGGAAAGUCUAGUGGUUGGAGACAUUGCGGAGCUAAAGCCAAACCAGGGGACAUUGUCGCUGUUUACCAAUGAGGCUGGAGGCAUCUUGGACGACCUGAUUGUGACCAAUACUUCUGAGGGAUACCUGUAUGUGGUAUCCAAUGCUGGCUGCUGGGACAAGGACUUGGCCCUCAUGCAGGACAAGGUCAGGGAGCUUCAGAGCAGGGGGAGUGAUGUGAGCCUGGAGGUGGUGGAUAAUGCUCUGCUAGCCCUGCAAGGCCCUGCUGCAGCCCAGGUGCUACAGGCUGGUGUGGCAGAGGACCUGAAGAAACUGCCCUUCAUGACGAGUGCUGUGAUGGAGGUGUUUGGUGUAUCUGGCUGUCGAGUAACUCGCUGUGGCUACACAGGAGAGGACGGUGUGGAGAUUUCAGUGCCAGUAGCUGGGGCAGUCCACGUGGCAAUGGCUCUGCUACAAAACCCAGAGGUGAAACUGGCAGGGCUGGCAGCCCGGGACAGUCUUCGCCUGGAGGCAGGCCUCUGUCUAUAUGGAAACGACAUUGAUGAACAUACCACACCUGUGGAGGGCAGCCUCAGUUGGACAUUGGGGAAGCGCCGCCGAGUUACUAUGGACUUUCCAGGAGCCACGGUCAUUGUUCCCCAGCUGAAGGGCAAGGUGGAGCGGAGGCGUGUGGGGUUGAUGUGUGAGGGGGCCCCAAUGCGAGCACACAGUCUCAUCCUAUGCACAGAAGGCACCGUGAUUGGUACUGUGACCAGUGGCUGCCCAUCACCCUGCCUGAAAAAGAAUGUGGCGAUGGGUUAUGUACCUUCCAAGUACAGCCGGCCAGGGACACAGUUGCUAGUGGAGGUGCGGCGAAAGCAGCAAAUGGCCAUUGUCAGCAAAAUGCCCUUUGUGCCCACAAAUUACUACGCUCUCAAGUGAAGAUGGCAGGGGCAGGGGCCUCCCCUCCAGGAGUCUUGCCCUGGGACACAUUCUACAGAGCUUAGUCAAGACAAGGCAGAAUUAUCUGAGGGGCAAGCAGCUGAGUAUAGGUUGGCCUAUUCCCAACAUAGGCUCCUCUAACUCUAAGACCACAUUUCUGGUUGACAGACCAGCUUACUCAGUGCCCUGUUUCUGUCCCUGAUUCCACCGAUCCCACUCUGCCAGGUGCUGCUGUGGAGCAAAUGCUCACCUUUGUGAGUGGCUAACAUCUGGCCAACCGACCUCACUAUGGUUUCUCACCUUUCAAAGAUGGUCAGUAUAGCCUUACGCCAUCUCCUCUACUUUGCUUUCCAUGAAUGCAAACUGUGACCUCUUCCCAGGACAGGAAUGAUUCCUGACUCACCAGAGCACUGACUCAGUUAUUCCUAUGUGUAAACAGGGACAGCUGAGAUGUGGAUUCACUCUUCUGCAUUCCCAUUGCCUUCGCCUGCUGCCCAGUAGCAAAUCAUGGCAUGCUUGCCACCUGGGCUGACUUUGCCCCUGGGGCCUAUAACUGGACUUUACUGACUCCAGAAAAAAAAUUAAACAAGAUUCCUUCCUUCUUACUUGGAA